UUCAUUUUGGCCGGAGCGGCGCGUCGGUUGGCAGGGAGGGAGACGGGGCGGCAGUGGGUUUGAAAACAUAUCUUAUCCUAUCCUAGGACCAUCUCAACACCCUAAUCUGCCAUCCUCCUCCUCCUCUUUUACCCACCCCGCACACCAGUAGCGAUAAAAAAACUGACAGAAACAAAAAAAACUAAACCCUUCCCGCCUCUCAGAGAAUAAUGACAAUGUAAUUCCAGUGGAUUGGAGCUGAGUUUUAUUUUAAUUUUGAAUCCAUUCCCCUGAUGUGUCUGGUGCUGGGCGAGAAGCGGCGAUUUGCUUCAUUUCCCUCACUCACCCCUAUCCCCCUCCAUCCCCUUCUUUAUUUGUUAAUCGCUGUUAUAUUUAUUUUAAAUUUCUCUUCUUCACAUUACUCCCCUCCUCCCCUUUCCCCCCCCCCCCCCGGAAAGAGGAAAAAAAUUUGAGAAAGCGCCGCCUGUGGAGUCGACAGAUUGAUAUGUGUUGAAAAGGUGCCGUCACAUUGGAAUCCUGCAUGUUUUAAUUUUGGCAACUGAAGUAUCCAAAAUUCAGCAAUAAAAGUACCAUUAACAUGGCCAAAGAUAUUGGAAUCCUAGAAAGUAACGGCGAGAUCAAAGUUUUCACAGAUCAGAAUGUUAGUCCAGCAAAAAUUGCAUUAGUGACAGUAGCAUCUUCGCACCUCACGACCCCAGGGAAACAAAUUUUGCCAAAAACACUGGGGCUAUCAAAUGUUAGUAACGCUCCUCAGAUGAUAAUUAGUACACCUCAACGGACACCGACAACACCUACUGUUCUAGUGGGAAGCCCCCAUGGUCCUAAUAUACACAUGUUAACUCAGGGUGAGGCAUCCGACUCUUCUCCAUGGAGUACAGGGUAAAGAAA